AUGACUACUGCUUGGAAAAGAUUAAUUAGAUUCGUUGCUAACGACGGUAAGAUCUACAGAGGUGAACCAAUUGUCUCUGAUGCUGAAUAUGAUGUUGGUAGACAAAUCUUAGAAGGUAAGACCGUUAAGGCUAAGGUUAUCAAAGGUGACAACAUCUUUGAAGAUGCUGUUGUUACUGAUGAAGUCUUAGAAGUUAAGAAAUUAUUAGGUCCAUUAACUGAAGAUGAUGUUCCAAUCAUCAAGUGUGUUGGUUUAAACUAUAUGAAACAUAUUCAAGAAGGUGGUAGAACUCCUCCACCAUUCCCAUCUAUCUUCUACAAACCAAGAUUCUGUGUUGCUGAUUUCGGUGAACCAGUCCCAAUCCCAACCAUUGCUCAAGAAAACCAAUGUGAUUACGAAGGUGAAUUAUGUGUUGUUAUCGGUAAGACCGGUAAAGACAUCAAAGAAGAAGAUGCUUUAAGUUAUGUUGCUGGUUACGUUUCUGGUAAUGAUGUUUCUGCUAGAACUUGGCAAAGAGAUCCAAAAUACGCCGGUGGUGUUCCACAAUGGGGUUUCUCCAAGUCUUUUGACAAAUAUGCUCCAUUAGGUCCACAAUUGGUUUCUUCUCAAGUUAUUCCAAACCCAGGUACUUUACAAUUAGUCACCAGAGUUAAUGGUGAAGUUCGUCAAAACACCAACACUGAUGAUUUAUUAUUCAAUGUUCCAAAGAUCAUUGCUUUCAUUUCUCAAUCUACCACCUUGGAACAAGGUACUGUUAUUAUGACUGGUACUCCAAGUGGUGUAGCUAUGGGUAUGAAGGUUCCAAAAUACUUAAAGCAUGAUGAUGAAGUUGAAGUUGAAAUUGAACAAAUCGGUACUCUUUCUAACAAGAUGAACUUUGUUUAA